AUGUCUAAUGGACGCAAGCCGUCAGGGUCUGGCAGUAACCAGUCCCAACCAAAAAUAUUUCCCCCUGGGACUGGUUCAUCAGAUUCCAGCUCUGCUCUCACAGUGGAAAAUGUGAAAAGGCUGGAAAAGGAGUACACGACUUCUAAAGAAGCCUUCAAUAAGCAGAGAAUAAGAGAUAUUAAGCAGACUAAUCUUGCUCGCUUCAACAAAGAGACAACUAGGAAAACCAGCAUAGAGCUUAUCUGGGAUGCAGAGCCUGAAGGAGCCUCCUCAUCCUUCCCUGCAAAGCGGAGUGAAAACAGCAAAGAAGUUUGCUGGAAGACCUCUGAAGAAAUUUCAGGGAAAGAUAAGCUAUUAACAGCACCAGCAACAGAUUCCCCAUCAGCUCAGCCCACUGGCUCUAAGCCGAAGGAAUCCAAACAGCGUGUAGAUGGCUAUCCUGCCUCCUACCACAGCAGAAGGCACUACAUGGAGGAUGAGAUGACCCAGACAGAGUGGAGGUAUUCAGAUGAGUCCCUGGCUGCCAGCAUUUAAAGCAGCCCUGCUGUUUCAGUAAUAGGAGAGGAGAAGAGGAGCUCAGAGGCUGUGGGUAGUGGGAGCAGCCUUAAGCCCACAGAAGACCAAGCCGUGGAAGCGCUCUCCACGGACACCGAGGUGUACCCCAAGGCCAGAAAGAACAAGGAGCCAGCCGAAACCAAGGAAGAGGCAGCGGCCAAGGAUGAAGAGGAGAAUAACCAAGCAGGACUGUGUGAGCAAGAUGAGAGGGUGAUGCCGCUUGCUGGGAUGUAUGUCUUCCCCCUCCACCAGACUGUACGGGACCAGCGGGAGAUGGAUAGGGUUGUGGUGGCUCACCUCCACCUGGGUGAGACCACCUGGACCGAAGACUCUGCAAAGUGCACCUUUCGCAGCGCUCCUGAAAAGCCAAUCUCAACAGUGGUGGAUCUGAAGGAACAGCCCCACAAAAACCUCUUCUGCUGCAGGAGAUAUAAGGAAGUGUUUGACACUGUCAGCCAAGAGCUGAUGAGUGAAGAUGAAGUGGAGGAAGAGCUGGACAUUGCUCCCCAUGCCAAGCCCUCCCAAGCUGAGCUGAGGAGCAGCAUCAAGAAGAAACUGCUGCAACAGUUGGAUGAAGGAGGCUUUGAGAGCUACAGGGAAAUAUUUCAGCAGUAUCUGAGAUUUGUUGCCUGGACCAGAAUCUUGUUCAGACUCCCAAAACAAAACAAAUAUGCCGUCAGACCGAAAAGUCCUUUCAAAAAGCACUGACCGACAUCAGCACCUCUGGAAGACCUGCUGGAGCCGGACAGUGAGUUUGUUGCGGAGCACUUAAAAUGCUGCCAUUCUCCUGAGCCCAUAAGACAACAUUAUCCUGAUGGACAGACAUUUUUCCUCCUGUUCCCAGAUGGAAGUGGUCAGGUUUACUACCCGUUGGGCAACAUGGCCGUUCUCAUCGCGUUCACUGAGGAAGCCCUGUUCACCUAUUGCAUCCUGGAGGACAGCAGGUACCCAGGGAUCAGGGCUGCCUUUGGGAUCCACGGCCACAGGGUCUGCUUCCACCCUGACGGCCACCUCUGGGCCGCCCUGGACCCCUGCACUGGGAUCUGCUUGGACCGGGCAGGGGCCAGUCAGAAGCCCUGGAAAUGGCGUGACGUUAGCCACCAGGCUCACAGCCCUCCUUUCCAGUCCAUCACCAUGAAACUGAACAGCCACGUCACCAUUAAAAUCCUGGCUGAGGAUCAAAUUGACUUAUUGUUCACCAGCCGCAGCGAUUGUAUCCAUUUCAACGUGGGGUCCCGGCUCAAGUUGAAAGACCCAGAGACAAGUCACCUACUUCAGUGGCCAGAAAGCGAAGAGGAGCUCUUCCUUCAGUCUAAAAAGAUUCAGCUCAGGAGCCUGCUGUCCAAAAUCGAGACAGUGUUGCAAUGCUUUUGGCAACCCCUCUCUCAGUGA